GCACUCCCACCCUGUUUGCAUACCCACCAACUCCCAUCCUUCCCUAGGGGGCAGCUAUUUAAGGGGAGCUGGAGUUCAGACUUAACAAGACCAGCACUUGGAGCUAUUAACACCAGCAUUCUCUGUGAGGUUCCUUUCUCCAGGGUUGCUGAGUACGAGCCAAAGAGCAGGGGGCCAGGGCAGAAGCUGGGACCACCUGGGAGAGGAGUCUAGGCCAAUCCAUCUGCAUUUCUCACGCAGGGGACUGUCCACAUGAAGACCCUUCUGUUGUUGGCCUUGACCAUGGCCUUUGGCCUGCUGCAGACCCACGGGAGUUUGCUGGAUUUCCAGAAAAUGAUUGAGUUCAAGACAGGAAAGGGUGCUGUGUCCAGAUAUGGCUUCUAUGGUUGCUACUGUGGCUGGGGCGGCCGAGGAUCCCCCAAGGAUGCAACGGAUCGGUGCUGCGCCGCACAUGACUGUUGCUACAGACGUCUGCAGAGGCAGAAAUGUGGCACCAAGUAUCUGAACUACAACUUUGCUUACCGAAAUGGCCAAAUCGUCUGUGGGAAGCAGGAUCACUGUCGCAGGCAGCUGUGUGAAUGUGAUAAAACAGCGGCCUCCUGUUUUGCGAGAAACUGGAAAACCUACAAGAAAGAGUACCAAUACUACCCCAACUGGAACUGCCGUGGGAGAGACCACCGGUGCUGAGGUCCCGCCCCCGGAAGCCUCGCCUCCCACGCUGAGCUCCCCUCUCUGGCCCCCACCCCUCCCCACCCUGGCUAGUUCCUGGCAAAGAAGGAAACACCCCUCUCCCAU